CUUCCACCACCAGCGGCCUUCCAGCUGCCGUUCUGCCAGCUCGUCAACCAGACGGUGUCCCUGGAGAAGGAAGGCUGUCCGCGGUGCCACCCGGUGGAAACCACCAUCUGCAGCGGCCACUGCAUCACCAAGGAUCCUGUCAUCAAGACUCUCUUCAGCAAAGUGUACCAACAUGUGUGCACGUACCGGGACUUCUACCACAAGACCUUCGAGCUUCCUGACUGUCUGCCGGGCGUGGACCCCACCGUCACCUACCCGGUGGCUCUGAGCUGCCACUGCGGCGGAUGCGCCAUGGACACGUCCGACUGCACGUUUGAGAGCAUGCAGCCCAACUCCUGCAUGAAAGACGAACCUUUCUACUACUAG